AGCCUUGUAAGAUUACCAACCAAUACUUUGUUUGGAUUACGAUUUAAAUGGACAAUAGAUCUUGAAGAGAAUUCUUCGCUCUGCUACCGACCCGACUUAUGUUUUACCGUACUUCGAUUACUUAAAAUGAAAGUAAUUUUAUAGAAUCGCUGGUGACAUGGAGGGAGACGGUGAAAGCGUGGUAGCAGUGGUACGCGGCUCGGCCCUGACUGUCACCCUUCUGACCGAUCACAGAACACCCACAAAAUGUAUAGAAUCAAAUUGGAAAUCGACAAGAGUUUCCCAUUCGAGUGCAGAAACGAACACGGAGAGAAAUUUUGGAAAUGUCCACGUGCCGAUAUAUGACGUCAGAUACGCGAGCAGUUUUGGGUUCGCAGAUUACCGAUCACCCUUUGCUGCGUUUCCUCAACAUAUUAGUUCCAUGUUCAAGGGUCCGGACCUCUUCACGCAGUCCCUCAGGAAGUACCCAACCGACGGCUCGUCUGCGGAAUUCAUCCAAAGGAUAAUUGAUUAUACGAGAUCUAGGAAAUCUGCAAAGAAACAUUAUCCAAAAUGUCUUCGAAGUCUGUUAAGAAAAACAAUAAGUCAAACGCAAGCUGCGAAUAAUUACAAGUGUUCCAACGAAACUAACGAAAGAAAAAGGCGUCCUGUACUAGACAAAGAUUUAAGUCAAAAUGAACUCGUAAAUUACACAUAUGAUUACUUGAAGAGCUCGUCCGGCGUGCCGCGGGACGCGGACGUCAGAUACCUGACUGAGAUGAAGAGAGCCAUACAAGGGAAGUUGAGAUGUAUGGUUGACGAUGAACCAAUGACUACAUAA